AUGUCCCCGAGCGCCGUAUCCCCCCUCGUCGCCGUCAAGGCGCUCGCGUUCGACGUCUUCGGCACCACCGUCGACUGGCGCACCUCGGUCAUCGACGAGCUCGACCUGCGCGUCCACCGCAAGCUCGCCACCACCACCACCACCAUCACCACCGCCGAUGCCCCCGGCGCCGCCGCCCCGUCCCCGGACCUCCGCGAGCGCCUCGCCCACCUCCCCGCCGACUGGACCGCGCGCUUCGCCGACGCCUGGCGCGCCUCGUACUGGCGCUUCGUGCGCUCCCAGGCGCUCGCCGGCCUGCAGGACGCCUCCGCCGCCUUCAAGACCACCGACGCGCACUUUCGCGACAGCCUCGUCGAGCUCCUGGCGGGCUGGCGGCUGACCGGGCUCUUCUCGGAGGCCGAGGUCGCGUCGCUGAGCAUGGUCUGGCACCGCCUGGCGCCGUGGCCAGACAGCGCGGCGGGCCUGGCGCGGCUGGCCGCGGCGCCGCUGGGGCUGCGCGCGGCGACGCUGAGCAACGGGAGCGCGGCGCUGGUGGCGGACCUGGACGAGUUUGGGGGCCUCGGGUUCGGGAGGCUGCUGUGCGCGGAGGGGCUGAGGGCGUACAAGCCGGCGAGGGAGGCGUACGAGGGCGCGGCGAAGGAGCUGGGGGUGCGGCCGGGGGAGGUGGCGAUGGUGGCGGCGCAUAUGGCGGAUUUGGAGGCGGCGCGGGCGGCGGGGAUGAGGACGGUGUAUGUGAAGAGGAGGGGGGAGGAGGAGUGGGAUGACAAGAGGUUGGAGGAGGCGAGAGCGUGGGUUGAUCUCUGGAUCGACGAGGAGGAGGAAGGGUUUGUAACCUUGGCGGAACGGCUGGAGGAGAUGAGAGCGUAG